UGAAAGAAUUUUUUCAGAUAGACAGGUGUGUCUCUAGUUGACCAUGGCAGGGAAAAACCAAUUUGCAGCAGACAUAAAGCAAGAGGACAAUUUUGCAGUUUAUAUGGAGUCGGUGAAGUAGAAAUUCAAAUGAAAUUUACCUGAUGACAUGCAUCAGGAGGCUGGUAGCUUAUUUGUGUGCUGGCAUUAACAGGUGCUUGUUCUCGUGUCUACUCCGAUUGGUCAUUGUAAGGUCCCCGAUACAGAGACCUUGAAGCAGAGCUUUAAAUUGAUUGAGUGUUUAAGAUAACUUCAUAUAAUUUGAAAAAUUGAUAGCGACAAGCAGAUGUGUUGACAUUCCAACAUUCUAAACAAAAGGAUUAUUUAUAUUCAGGUUAAAUUGAUCCUAGUUUCUACAGUGUAUUAUCAAAAUUUUAUCAACAGAUUCUCACUCUGUUUAGGGUAAUAGUUCCUUAUCUUAAUAUAGGCAUGUUAAACAAACUGGUGAUAAUCCACACAAUUUUAGAACUGUCUUAUCUAGGAAAAGUUUUGAGCAAACCUGUACCCAGCACAAACAAUUUAUCUCGGGUUUCACUCACCUUUUGAAUUUUAUUUAAAUUUCAAAGGGUUACUUUACUAAGUGCAGACAAUGGUUUAGCUGCACACCGAACAAACACAGGAAGCAUUUGUGUGUGUCUAGAUAAUGUAAAACAUGUUUGAUAUACAGCGUACAUGGAAAUUAAUUUAGUGGAGGAUUUCAUUAUGUUCAGUUCAUUUGCAUUAAUUAUUCUGGAAUUUUUAACUGGUAACUAACUCCCUUAGUGCAUGGAGGUGCUACGAUGGUAGAAGUCUUCAAUUUACUCAUUUACCAGAAAUGACCACCAUGUUGGGUCCACCUCAUCCUGUUGCCAUGCCAACGGUGACCAAGACAGAUAAACUGAGGCUUGCUGCAGCAAAGGGGGAACUUGAUGCAGUGAGGGACCUUCUGGCCUCAGGGACCCCCUUACAACCUGACAAGGAGGGCCGCACUCCCCUGCACUUUGCAGCACAGAAUGGUCAUCUAGACGUCUGCAAUCUUUUGAUUCAACAGGGCUGCCAUCCAGAUGACCAAGAUCACGUGAAAUAUACAGCCCUCCACAGAGCCUCGUCUCAAGGUCACACUGAGGUCAUUGAGUUCCUGAUUGACAAGCACUGCAACAUUGACAUUCAAGAUGAGAAUGGUAAUGCGGCGAUACACGAGGCGGCAUGGCAUGGUUACAGUAGAACUCUAGACGUCCUCAUCAAGCAUGAUUGUAACAUUGUCAUAACUAACAAGGCGGGAUUCACGGCCCUCCAUUUGUCCGCUCAGAAUGGCCACAACCAGAGCACAAGGAUACUUCUACUGGCAGGAUGUAACCCUGACCUCAAAAACAAUUAUGGAGACACCGCGCUACACACGGCGGCUAGGUAUGGUCACGCUGGCGUGACCCGAAUUCUGAUCAGUGCCCGCUGCAGCCUCAACGAGCAAAACAAGAAUGGUGACACAGCACUACAUAUAGCAUCCGCACUCAAACGACGGAAAAUUGCAAAACUCCUGGUGGAUGCUGGGAUAGAUGUUGGCGUAAAAAACAAGCAAGAUGAGACCGCCAAGGAUGUAGCGGAGAGGAAGCAGCAUCCAGAAAUCAUCCUCAUCAUCUCCUCCUUCUCAAGGCCCAAGACCCCAAAGACGGUGAACUUUAAGGAGUACCCUGUAGACCUGGAGGGACCAAUCGUAGUGCCCGAGGAGGAGGCCCCCGCUAAACCCGUCAAACAGGAGAAAAAGUUCUUUGACUUCUUCAAAAAGAAGAAAAAGGACAAAGAGAAAGACAAGACGGACUCCCCGCAGUCAGGGAAUGCUGGGAAGACUGACCCGUCGGUCCAGGGCUUUUUCAGUCAGUACGUGCCCAAACCUGGGGUCCAGUACUACAGAGAUCUGGCUGGCAAUAUCAAACAGGGUCCCAUUGGGUACACACCCAUCUGUCAAUGCAUGCCGACCCUGAAAAAACUGGAGCACCAGGUGCAUACGAAUCAAGAACACAUCUACGACCACAUCGAGGCCUCCAGUCGGGCACUCAAUAACCGCAUGGAUCAGAUAGAUCAUCGAACCACACAGCAAGUGAGGGAACUAGACCACAGAACCAGUCAAAGACUCACCCAAGAAGAGGCUCUGUGUCAGGAGAGGAUUCGCCGGGGGCUGGAGGAAGAGAGGGCGUACAUGGAACACAAUUACCAAGGCAACAUCCGGAUGGACAUUCAGGAUUGGCUCGAAGCCAAACUUGGUUCCUACGGACACUGUCUGGAUCAUCACCAUGAUGACACAGCACUGCCAAGCAACAACAUUUUCUCUGAAAUUCAUCAGACUGAAAAUGGACGAUUAUUUCGCUCAAGGUCAGACGAGACCUUGUCACAGUCAGACAAUCAUAGUGGUAAAGGAUUUCGCAAAAAAGCUUUCUAUGAAUCUCGCCAACAAGCAAUGCAACAAAUUCGUGCUUGGCAGAUGCCAUCUUACAGUCGGACUAAUGCAUAUCGUGUUAUUGAUUCUAGUCAUAAUGUGUCAGGACCUCGUACUGUGACAUUCAGUAAUCAGAAUGAUGUGAAAGUUCGGACUACUGUGGAUGUGCAUUCCCAGAAUCCCUCUCGGGAAGCGACUCGGGAGCAGGUCAAUAAAAACGACUCAAGAAUUCCAAAUGGUGGACCUCACCAUUUGUCUGUGAACUGUGUGCCAGUGAGACAAGGUGAGGUUCGCCCACCCUCUAGGAAUUACUCCCCCCACCCCAGAGGGCCCUCUCCUGGCAUCCAGGUCCGUGGAGAUCCUGUGUAUGGAAGUUUUCGAGAUUAUCCUAAUUCUGCUGGACCUCCAAGAGGUUCACAGGCUCUUAAAUAUGACCAGCAUCCAGCUCAUAGUUCUAGACUUGAUCACAUGAGCAGUCCUGGCCCAGGGGCAGGGGUUCCUCAUCAGAACGUGUCAGGUGCAGUGUACAGUAGUCCUCAUCAAUACUCCAGUCAGGGGGCUGUCCCAAAACGUAUCCCCCAGUCCCAGACAUGGCAUCAUGAACAAUAUCGGAACAUACAAAAACGUGAACCGAGUCCUCUAACUCAUGGAACGUCAGUGAAUCAGGAACUUAACAGUAAAUCCCUUCCUCGCAGUCAGACAGACAGUUCUGGUGCUGUGCUUAGGUCCUCGCAGCCUGAGAGUUUCCGUCGUGGGGAAGCACCCAGGCAGAGUGUUCAAGAGAGGGGAGCAGUGUCAAAUGACUUUGUUAGAAAUGUGGAGUCUCGACAGAGUUUCCCAGAAAGGGGGCCCUUAAAUACAAAUUCAGGUGGCAAUCUAAACUCUAGUGUUUCCUCUGUAGGGGCUGGGCAGGGCCCCCAGGACUCCUCCCGACCCAGUUCCGGCCGAUCUGACCGUCCCUUCAUCCCCCCUAAACCAACAUUCACCACAUUUGGUUAUGACAACUCCAAACCAAAUGACAGACCUCACCCCUCAAACUCAGUGCCAAACUCUGUCCCUGAUAAUGUCCCUCUGGUGUCUACCCCUAGAACUGUUUCAAAUUGUGAACAGGAGAGUCCCUAUGCUCACUUACCUAACCGAUCUCGGACACCUCACGAUGAACUGGAUAGUAAGGAGACUUAUAGUUACUUUGCUGCUGUGAAAACUGAAACUCCAAAACCAAAUGAGAUUACUAAAACCAAUUCAGGGAAAGAGACACCCAAGGAUGAUAUGUAUGUGUCAAUGUCUGAUAAGCCUCUAGUGAGACAAAGGACAAGGUCGUCUGAAGGUCUUUUGGACAGUGAUAUCACGUCAGCUCACGACAUGAAACGAAGCCAUUCCUCUGCUGUCCCAUUCCCCAAUCAUUCCAAUAACCCUCACCUUAGUGACAAAUCUCACUUCAAUCCUCAUCCUUCUCAAAAUGGGAAAGUACCUAACCAGCCAAGGCCAAAUUCAAGACCUUAUCCGAAUUCUUCUGUGAAUAUUUCUUCAGGUGAAGCUAGAAAUUCUCCUCUCCCCCGAUACAAACCCCAGCCUGGUCCACAGAGAGGUGCUCAGACAGAAAGUGUUUACCUGACAAUGAAGGGUCCCCAUGGUGGGAGACAAAGUGCUAUAGAUUUUGACAGAAAAGGAGGACCUUACAGAAAUUAUGGAAACAGAGAAAACCCUUAUGCAUCAGUGAGAGAUGUUUCUUCCUAUCGUUAUGGAAACAGUUCUUCCAAACCUGGGGUUUCCUACCACAGUACCUACAAUGUGAACACCGUCACCCAGGGGCAAUACUCUCUGAGUAAGUCCGAGUCCAACCUUGUGGACAAGGAUAGUGAUGAUGAGGGUGGGUUUACCACCCCGAGGAGAACAGUGUUAAAUGCUUCCCCAGCGGUCCACCCCAGUGCUAACAGCCCUAAGGCUGUGUCCAAUUAUCCCAACGCCUACAACAAAGAGGACUCCAGUAGCAACCCUGACUCUGGCUACAGUAGUAAGAUCUUCGGGACACGCGCCGCCAACGGGAAUCCCCCCAGUAACAGUGGUACCCCCUCCUCCUCCUUCAGCACGGACAUAGAUCACAGUCUGUCAACGUCCAGCAAUAAUCACUCCCCCCACCCUGCGGCCACCCACAGCGACUACGAACAGAUACAGGACGUGGCUCAUGUGUUUAAUCACGGACAGAACCUUCAGAACCGCGUGGAAGGGUGGUACCAACAGAAGCUCAAGGAGGCAGCUGUUCGACUGCAAGAGGGACCUUAUGAUGAAGGACCCAAAGACCACAACUACAAUCCCCAGGGUUAUAACCCCCAGAACAUGAAUCGUAACUUCCCGCAUCCAAACCCCCAGUAUAAGGGUUAUCCGCCUAACCAAAUGUACAACAACUAUCGUAAUUUGCCGAGUUAUAUCCGAGGAAGUGAUGUUUGAGGUCAUGACCUUUGAACUAUGUACUAUUGAUUGUUCUGAACUUUGGCAGCAGAUGUUUGUAAUUAUAUUGCAUAAUUUAUAAUGGCAUUUUUGUAGAUAGAUCAAUUGUAUAUUUUAUCAGAGAUCCAGCAUUCCAGGUUCGAUAGUAAAUUUAUUAUCUGUUGAUGUUUAUUUAUGUUUUAAACUGAAUUCUUAUUGUGUUCAUAUCAAUGUGUACAGAUUAUGUAAAUAAUUGAGAGAUUUCAUUUCUCAUGUACAUUAAUGGACUUCCACUCCUAUAUAUUAAGUGCUGGUAACUUUUUAACUUUGUAUCACUUUAUUAUUAUUUAUUGAUAACAAUGAAAUGCGGAAACUUAUAAACCAGAGCAAAGAAAGUAUGCUUGAAACAGGACAAAAAAUGGUCAAUGUACACAAAUGAUUAUUCAUGAUUUUUUAAAUUAUUUUAUACAGGACUGAAGCAAAGAACAUGUUUUUAUAUUUUUGGAUUUUAUACAUAAUUAUAUAAAUUUAAAAUUCUUCCACGUCUUACCUCUUCCUCUGGUUUUAGAAGCUUGAAUUCCCAUUUUAACAACUUGUGAUGUAUUUUUAUGCCAGUUGUAUUGUGGACAUACCACUUCUUUUUAAGAUGAAAAACAAAACCACUGCAAUGUGGAUUAAAUAAUUAUAAAAGAAA